AUGCCGGUGCAGUCCAGCCUGAAGCAACCCGCAGUCUCGCCUGUUGUGAAGGCGUCCGCUGCUACCCAAGGGCACGUUGCCGAAAAUAUCAACCGGACAACAAAUGUCGGCAAGCUCACGGGGCUUCCCGUUCACGAGCUGAACGUCACCCAGACCGGCCACGAUGUGAUCGUCAACAAUGUCAUCCGAGCCGCCAGAUUCGGUCUGGCAGCUGCGCUUCCUCCCAGUGCAAAGCAAUGGCCACCAACGGCCCAGGACUUUAGCCGUGCCUGGCAUCGCGACAACCUCGCAUACAAACACGACACCGGGCUCGUGAACCCGUCUUCGCAAUACCUGAAUGUGCCUGCCAAGGACAAAGAUUACUACCUCUGCUUCGUUACGCUCUGCACAUUCGAAGCCUGCCCGUUUGGUGCCGGGUGCCGGUAUCGUCAUGCCAAGUUGGAAAUCGAGGAGAUAUGGCCUAUUGCUUUGCAGGGCCCCAAGGGGAUAUCAUGGCUGGAAAACGGCUAUCGUCUGCCACCGCUUGUCGAUGCACCUCUGCCUCCGCCAUCGACAACUUCCGACUUGGAAUCGAUGAAACCGCCACAUGACGAGGCCGCCAGUGUUCAUUACCCUGCAGCUGAAAUAUGGGGACGAGGGGCUCACAGCGAACAUGUGUGCUUCUGCUGUGGUGGCCGUGGCCAUAGACAAGCGCAAUGCCCCAGCGUUGACCAGCGUGCCGGCCGAGGUCGUGGUAGAGGCUAUACCCGUGGUCGCCAGUCGACCCGAGGCACCCCAAACUUUCGCAUCCAAAAGACUUCAAGGGAUCGCAUCGACGCAGCAAAUCCGCAAUCGAUGGGAACCCCUAGCCGUGGUCGCGGUCGUGGUGGUUCCACAUUCGGGUUGAGGCCUGCUCGUGCUGAGGAUGAUGCUAAAGGCAAGGCUGAGGAUGAUGCCCGCUACAGAAUCGAGGAUGCGGACAUGGAUCGCUUCAUUCAGGAGUAA